GAAAUUAGUGUUUUAAUUCCAGGCUUUGCUUACAGUCGAUAGUCAGUCGCACUGGCUUAGCGUUGGAAAGAACAUUACCAAAUUGCUAGAAUUGCCUUCGUAUGUCAAAAUGCGUAUGCCUAAAUGGAUAUCACGUGACGCCUAAUUGGAUGGGAAGACAAAGUUUUCUAAAAGAACUACCAUACAGCCAUCUCCAGUAAUUUUUUCGGCUCAUACCACUACGAUGAGAUUUUUAGGCAUGCAGAAUAGCCCGUGCCAAUAAGUCAUAGGGGAUUUUAGCCACUGCAAACGGCCAGCAGUAUCAUUCAUCUAUAUACCUUCCAGAUUGUUUAAAGAGACGGCGAGAGGGAGAAGAAGGAAUAAGAAUAGAAGAGGAGGCAACCUUUGAAGGCAGCGCAAAAAUCAGAGACAUCUCCUUUAGGUUUACAUUUUAGCGGACCGUCGUGUUAGAGUUUAAUGUUGCUACUGGUAAAUCUAUGACAAAACCACCACUCUUAAAUAGAUCACAAAGUCUGGCACCGUUUCGUCGAUGCCUGCUUUGCCGGGUACACUAAUGGUUAUGCCUUUUAACAAAUUCAGGCUGUUUUAGAAAUGCUCUUACUAUUCCAUAAUCUAUAGUGAAAUUCUUAUGCUCGAUACGUGCCAGAAAGAUUUCCUACUCAAGUAAUAUAUAGGGUAUAUGUAAUGCUGUUAAACAUUCAGCCAGCCCAGCAAACUAGAUGUCAUUGUGUACGACUUAUCACCUGAUUGUCGUGUAGGCAUCUUAUUAGACGUUUAAAUCAAAACAUGCAAACUGUUCCGCAAUAUUCGGUUUUGUGGCCGUCAUAAACUUCUGUAGCCAGCGAUUUGUAAGGCUAAAAGCCUUGAAUAGUUACAUCCAGUCAUGCAAUCCGCGCGGCAAUUCGUUGGCCGUGGGGCGCAAUGGUUGCAAAUAUCAGCUUGGGCAAGUGGCCCAGGUCGCUCUACUAAAGGUCAAUGUAGCCACGGGCUACUUCGUGAAGGAGCAACUCUUGAUAAACGGGCGUCUGGUCUUUCAAGUGCCAAUAUCGUCCGAUUCCAGUGUUCAAGAACCCCUACAGAAGACGCGUUUGCUAAGGAGUACACGCCUGUAUUUGGAUCUCACCUAGCAAAGGUUCUUGAGCGACCUGCAGUACAAGACGAUACCGGUAGUUAUUCUUAUACAGAAGUGUACCAACUGGCAGGAGCUAUUCACGAGCGGAUUAUCAACAAGGGCGGAGUUCAACCAACUAUCGCUGGCGAUACUCCUUGCAUAGAUGGCGGUGACGGAGGUAGGUUACGAAUUGUGCCGCGGGUAGCUUACCUCUGUCCGGGGGAUGUACGCUACGUAGCUACUCUUUGGGCAAUUUGGAAGAAUGGCUUGUGUGCUGUCCCCCUGUUCCACGAACAUCCCAUAAGCCUAAUGGAGUAUUACGUCAACGACCCUCAAGUCAGUCUGAUUAUAGGAACUAAGGAGUUUGAACCGAAAUUAAAAGAACUUGGAAGUAAAACCAACACGCCAGUACUUAUUCUCGGUGACACGGAAGAAAUCGGUCUAGGACCCAGCUGGGACAAUACGCCCAAAUGGUAUGGACUUGAGACGUACGACGCUCUAAUAAUGUACACGUCAGGGACAACCGGCCCGCCGAAAGGUGUAGUGCAUCGUCACGUUAAUCUGUGGUUCCAAGCAUCACAAAUCCGGGAUGCGUGGCAAUGGACUGAUCGCGAUCGAAUGCUGCACGCCUUACCGUUGCACCACACGCAUGGCAUAGUUUCCGGAAUUUUGACACCGCUUUACUCAGGCGCCUGCAUCCGUAUGCUUCGAAAGUUUGACCCUGCUAGAAUUUGGCAACAUUUGUUGCUGGAAGUGGAAUCCGAAAACCCUGUGUCCAUAUUUAUGGGUGUUCCCACAAUGUACGUCCAACUUCUUUCGUUCUUUAAAAACCACUUAGCAUCCAGUUGGCCUACGGACAAGGUUCACAAAGCAAUUCGCAGCCACAUCAGGCUCCUCAUCAGCGGUUCAGCGGCUCUUCCGGAACCUAUUUAUAGGCAGAUUAAAGAAAUUAUGGGAAUAGAGGUUCUCGAACGAUACGGCAUGACUGAAGUGGGAGUCCCACUUUCAAAUAACCUUCAUGGAAAACGAUACGUUGGUUAUGUUGGUUUUCCUACGAGAGGUAGUGAGAUCUUGAUCGCAGAGCUGGAAGGGCGACGAAUCGUAAAAACAAUAGCGAAAGGAGAUUACAACGGAAGUACCAUUUAUGAAAAAGAUACGAGCGGAGACUUACUACUGCGCGGUCCGUUUGUAUUUAACCGUUACUGGAAUAAAAAGGAAAGGACAAGGGAAGCCUUUAGUGAGUGCGGGUGGUUCAUAACGGGAGAUAUAGCUCAGUGCAUUAUGACUGAAAAUAACGGAUCUAAAGGCGUCUACAAGAUCCUGGGACGUGCUUCGACCGACAUAAUCAAGUCAGGUGGUUAUAAAAUCAGCGCUCUUGAUGUUGAAAAACACCUGUUAAGUCAUCCGGAUACUGAUGAAGUAACGGUAGUUGGGGUUCCUGAUGAAAUAUGGGGUGAGCGCGUAGCUGCUAUCGUUGUGCUUAAAAGCACUGCAAGCGAGCUUCAGCUGGAUUCUUUGCGAGCCUGGUGCAAGAAGCGCAUGGCAUCAUACAGUGCACCAACGAUCUUAAAAAUCGUGCCGAAACUGGAGAGAAAUUAUCUUGGGAAAAUCAACAAGAAAGAACUGGUCAAGAAACUAUUCCCAAGCUCCUCCUAGAGAACAUGGAAGACUCACUAAAACAAUUACGGCAUCAUUGCAUGGGUGUCGCAUUUAUGUAUGUAUAUAUAUAUAUAUAUAUACAAAUGUUGAUUGUUUUACAGAGUGCCUGGUUUGAUCGCAUUCGUUAAUAAAAAAACUGAAACACUA